CGGGCAUGCUCGAGGGCUCCACAGGAGCCCUCGGAGCCUACGACGAGUGCGUUGGCAUCUCGGUGCCAACGUCCGACGGCACAAAAGAGGACUUUCGUGGUCAGUACUGCACCCUGUUCCUGAAACCAGCUCUCACUGACGAGAGGCUGAAAGGGAUAGCGAAAGCCGUCACAGGGAGCCCUCUACUCCAACCAAGAGUGCGGAACCUGACGGAAUUCAGCAAGUUUUACUCCCACACCCUGGUAAUGGGCUUGCGGAUCGGCGUCUGCCUUCCAUCCAAGUGUUCGGGAGAGGACCUCAAGUACAUCGUGGACAAGUUUCUGAAGAAGCUCGACGUGGCAACCAGGGUGACGGCGUGCUCUGUCAAGAGGCCUGUUUCUUUUUCCAAGGUUCAGCUGGCAAUGAUAUGUCUGCUGAGUUUCCUCGGCUUGCACUUGGCCCUGUCAACGAGCGUCGACCUGUACCUGAGAUAUCGGGGCCCCGCAGACGCCGAGGGCCAGGAGAGACCGUUUGUUUUGCGGCUGCUGCUGGCGUUCUCUGUGAUCCGAAACACGGAGAUCCUCUUGAAGAAAGCCUCCGACAAGAACAGCGACGCUUACCAGCUCCGCUGCAUCCACGGUAUGCGAGUCAUCAGCUACCUCUGGAUCACCCUGGGACACAACUACAUGAUCAUGGACCCACACAUAAUGACGAGGGGACUCGGUGCUCUGGAAUUCCUCGAUGAAUUUGCGUUCACGAUCGUCCUCAAUGGAGUCAUGGCCGUCGAAACGUUUUUCGUUAUGAGCGGAUUUCUAGUUGGGCACGGGGUCCUUGUCGAAGCCAAGAAGAAAUCGUCCCUCAUAUGUCUACUUCCAGUGGCUAUUAUCAGGAGGUAUAUCAGACUGACCGUUCCAGCCAUCUUCCUGAUCGGCCUUGCGUUCGUGUUCCCACUCCUGGUGAGUGGGCCCCUGGCAGAUGACUUGCUCAACUACCUGGUCAAUGACGUCUGUAGGCGGAAUUGGUGGACCAUCCUGGCUCAUUCAAGCAACUUCAGAAACGCUGUGGACAUGUGCAUCCCAAGCCUAUGGUACAUUGCCUGCGAGUACCAGAUUUUCCUCGGAGUGAUCCUUUUCGUGUUCCUUUUAGCAAGGAAACCUGUCCUAGGCGUCAUCAGCCUGGUAGCCAUUGGUCUGGCAGCUUGCAUCGCUGUCGGUGCACAAGUAUUCAUCAACUCCUUCGAGCCACUGCCCUACGCACACACGACUGAUCUUCAAAAAACCCUGUUAAGCCAUGAAACAAUCUACAUCAAGCCAGUGGGGCACAGCACGGCCUUUGUCGUGGGGGUCCUCGCAGCCUAUUGCUUCCACAAGUACAGGGGCGUCAAGUUUGGAAAGUGGACGCACAUCCUCGGCUGGUCGGUCAGCGUCGCAGCGGGGUUGACAGUGGUGUACGUGAUUUUCGACUGGAACCACAAGGGCUCCUACUCUCUGGCCUGGACCUCCGUGUACGCGGCCACCCACCGGCUGGCCUGGGCACUCGCCCUUGCCUGGGUCAUCUUUGUCUGCAGCACAGGACAGGCGGCAUGGGUGAAUCGUCUGCUGUCUCUCGACGUGUUCGUUCCGCUGAGUCGCCUCACCUUCUCCAGCUACCUCGUACAGCUGCUCGUGAUGGUCGCCAAACUCACCGCCGCCAGGCAGUCGUUCCUCAUCGCUCACUGGGAUAUGGUACGAGACUACUGUGGCCACACGGUGCUCAUCUACAUCUUUGCCUACCUGUUCUACCUGUUCUGGGAGUGUCCCGUGGUCAACCUGGACAAGCUGAUCAUGAACAAGCUCAGGGGGCAGGAGCCGCCCCAGCAGGACAAGAAAAAGGGGCUCUCGCUCGACGAUUCGUCCGAAGGCGACGACAGCUGCUGCCGCUUGUGAAUGGGGCGGGGGG